AUGGUUCUUCUCCCCAACUCGAGAUCAUUCCAUCUUCUUAUGUUGUUCUUCCUACUACUGUUGCUAAUACUCCACCCCGCAAACUCGGUUUUCUUCAACUUCUCUGGUUUCCAUCAAAACGCGCAAGAUAUAUUUUACCAAGGCGAUGCGCUCCCGGGCAGCGACGGAGUAAUCUCCGUCACCAAGAAUCAGCGCGACGUUUCUCUCGCCAGAAGUGUUGGUCGCGCCUCGUAUGCACAGCCCGUGCGCCUCUGGGAUGCCAGAUCGGGCAAAGUAACGGAUUUCACCACUCACUUCUCCUUCUCCAUCAACGCGCUCAACGCGAGUUUAUAUGGCGAUGGGCUCGCCUUCUUCCUCCUGCCUUUCGAUCAGUCUGAUAUUCCGAGCAAUUCGGAUGGAGGGUUCCUUGGCCUUUUCAGUAACGCCACUGCUUUCACCCCCUCCGAGAAUCAAAUCGUGGCAGUUGAGUUCGACAGCCUCAACAAUACCUGGGAUCCAAGUUCAGACCAUGUUGGUAUUAAUGUCAACUCAAUUGUUUCGGAGGCAAAUGUUAUGUGGAAAAGUAGCAUCAAGAACGGAUCAAGAGCAAAUGCUUGGGUGAGUUACAAUUCCACAUCCCAUAAUUUAAGUGUCUUUCUAACUUACGCUGAAAAUCCAAUUUUUAGUGGCAACUCUAGUGUUUCACAUGUAGUCAAUUUGAGGGAUGUUUUACCGGAGUUUGUCAGAGUCGGAUUUUCAGCAGCCACAGGUGACUGGAUUGAAUUACACACCAUUUUUUCUUGGAGUUUCAGUUCAACUUUGGACAGCGGAGUUGACGGAAAGAACGCUAUUAACAUAGGUCUGGUCGUUGGUCUAGCUGUGGGGAUUGGCGCUUUGAGUUGUGGGUUAGGCUUGUUUUGGUUCAUCUGGUGGAGAAAGAGAGCUGAUAGGACGAAAAGCGAAGUGGCGUUCGAUGUUGCCAUAGAUGAUGAAUUUGACAAAGGGGCUGGGCCAAAGAGAUUCACAUUCCGUGAACUCAGUCGCGCAACAAGCAACUUUGCAGAGGAAGGGAAGUUGGGAGAGGGAGGAUUUGGAGGGGUUUACAAGGGUCUGUUAAGUGAUACCAGUACGGAGGUCGCUGUUAAGCGUUUCUCGAGAGGAUCCAAACAAGGGAAAAAAGAGUAUGUGUCGGAAGUGAAGAUCAUAAGCCGAUUGAGACACAGGAAUUUGGUUCAACUCAUUGGUUGGUGUCACGAACAAGGUGAAUUCCUUCUAGUCUAUGAGUUCAUGCCAAAUGGUAGCCUCGAUUCCCAUCUAUUUGGCGGGAAAGAAGCUAGCCUAAUAUGGAACUUGAGGUACAGAAUAGCGCUUGGCAUAGCGUCCGCGUUGCUCUACCUCCAUGAGGAGUGGGAACAGUGUGUGGUACACAGAGACAUCAAGUCUAGCAAUGUCAUGUUAGACUCGAAUUACAAUGCCAAGCUUGGCGAUUUCGGUCUAGCCAGGCUUGUGGACCAUGACUUGGGCUCACAAACGACUGUCCUGGCCGGCACUAUGGGGUACUUAGCACCGGAAUGUGUCACCACAGGCAAGGCAAGUAAGGAAUCCGAUGUCUACAGUUUCGGUGUUGUGGCUCUUGAAAUCACAUGUGGAAGAAAGCCAGUCGAAGCAAGAGCAGAGCCAAGUAAGGUGAGGAUGGUAGAGUGGGUUUGGGACCUUUACGGCAAAGGGAAACUCCUCGAAGCUUCUGAUAAGGCGUUAACUAUGGGAUUCGACCAGCACCAAAUAGAAUGCUUAAUGAUAGUUGGGUUAUGGUGUUGUCAUCCUGAUUACACUCUAAGGCCAUCUAUAAGGCAAGUGAUAAAUGUUCUUAAUUUUGAAGCACCAUUGCCUAACCUUCCAUCAAAACUGCCUGUGCCUAUGUAUUACGCGCCGCCAAUGCACAUGUGUAAGUUUUCCUAUACAACAUCUGAAGGUUUUACUGACUCGGGAAGAGAUCGGACUCGGUGUUCAUGUAGCAGUUGCAGAACUUCUUCAACGUCAGCUGGCUCUACAAAAGCUUUCUUGAAAUUGCAUGAAGCGAAUGUGUAA